AUGGUGACUGAUGGUGGAUCGCAGAUGCAGGAGAAUGCAAGUGUGAGUGGAACGAGCGAAGAUAGUUGUUUCGCGGCAAGGCCUGUUCCAGAACAGAUCAACGAAUGCAAACAACUGAUCAAUAAGGUAAAUUCCAUUCUUGAAUCACUUAAUAUUCCUAUAUCUAGAUACAAAACAGAACUUAACGAUCUAAAAUUCACCUUUUCAAGUAUAAGCGAUAGUUUAAAGCGAACCCGGUUAUCAAACUCUAACCUGACCGAUCAAUUGAGUAGGGCAACAUCCAAGGGUGAGGAGAGACAAAAAGCAAAUGUUUUUCCAAAAGUUCAAACAAUGCCCAAUCAAGUUUUUAAAGCCAAUGGGGUAACCGAAAAUCAAACAGUCGAGCGAAAGACCAUUGUCGACAAUGACAACAAAGACGGAUGUGAUGAUCUCUUCUGGUCAGCUCCCAUAGAUAAUGCUAACGAAACCGUCGGUUUAUCUGAAAGAACUUCCUGGAAAGUCAAAGGAAGAUACAUGGCUGAACCCUUUAAUAAUCACUCAGCAUUUGAAAAAGGUAGCCCUAGUGGUACCAAGGAGGUUCGCAUCGAAUCUAACCCCGUGAAGAGCGAACCUGAAGUGACAAAAGCGAGUCCGAAGUUCGACGCUGAAUGGUACAACAACAGUGACUGUUCACAUCACAUGACAGGGAGAAAGGAGGAACUACAAGAGUUCAGGGCUCUCAAGGAUGGCGGCAAAGUAAAAUACAUGAAUAAUUCUUUUGGCAAAAUAAAAGGCUACGACAUGAUAACGAAUGGGGAAUUCUCUAAAGUGGCUUAUCUUAAAGGCUUGCAUCACAACCUAAUCAGUGUCUCACAGUUAGUUGUAGGAACCAAAUUGAAAGUAUCAUUUGAUGACGAAGGAUCAGAAAUCAUUGAAAAGAAAUCCAAGACUGUUCUUCUGAAAUCACAACGAAAUGGUGAAAUGUAUCCACUAAAUCUAAACCCUAUACGAGGAAAACCUGCCAUUUGCCUGCUUACAAAAGCUCACUCAGACGAAAGCUGGUUAUGGCACAGGCGACAUUCACACUUCAACUUCAAAGACAUCAACAAACUCGUUCUUGGUGAUCAUAUGCGAGGACUUCCUUUAUUGAAAUUUGACAAGGAUCAUUUGUGUGUAGCCUGUGAGAUAGGAAAGCAAAGUAGAAAGAGUCAUCCAACUAUUGUAAACACGAAGGUCAUCGAACCUUUGGAACUUCUACACAUCGAUCUUUGUGGACCUUCAGCUAUUAAGAGUGUUUGUGGUAGUAAAUAUAUUCUAGUAAUUGUCGAUGAUUUUUCCCAUUUCACUUCGGUAUUCUUUCUCAAACAGAAAUAUGAUGCAACGCCAAAACUCAAGGAUUUCAUCAAGAAGUUGAGCUUCAACUGUGAAAGCUGGUAUUUCAUCUUCAACUCCAAAGAACAACGGAACAAGUUCGAUGUGAAAGCUAACGAAGGUAUAUUCUUGGGAUAUUCACUAACAUCCAAGGCAUAUAAGGUUCUCAACAAACGCUCUAAGAAGAUAGAAGAAACCUACUAUGUCAUGUUUGACGACAAUUAUCUAAAGCGAAUUCAGUCGAACGAAAGCCAGAUCAUGGAAAUCUUUCCUAAACCUUGUCCAGCCGUUAUUCCUAUUUCCAACCUUUAUGAAGAAUUCAUGUUGCUCUUUGAUGAACUUGAGAAAGCUAUCACAUCUGAAGCUAAGGCAGCGGAUAAUAAAGUCGAUGAACUUAAGAAGAUUAUCGUUGAUGCUGUGAAAGACUGA